AUGAUCACACUUUCAUUGUUGGCUGGCGUUUGUAUCUACUGGGCUGUGCAAAUCAACAUUACGCUGAAGAAGUCAUCAGUCAGCAACCAAGCAAAAGCGAUGCAACGCCGUAUGAACAACUUGCUUGUGGUUCAGACAGUCUGCCCACUUCUGCUGCUUCAUACACCAGCAAUGGCGCAGUAUGUUUUCAUGUUCACGGGCAGUACAACCGGUCCGUUGUACCAGUAA